CAGUCCGCCAUCGUCGGUUUUGCCAACCAAACGUGCUUCAUUUUCCAUCAAUUGUCGCUUCGAACCGUUUCAAAUAUUUUCCGAUUCUGGAUUCAGGAUUCGGGGGCUUGCCAGUGGAAUUUCGCAGAGGAUGCAACAGGAUUGAUACAUUGCACGGAGGGCUGAGAGCCUCAAAGAGCGAUUAUAGCCUGAUUAGACGGAUCCUGGCUUGCCAUUUUCAGUGGAUGUAACGGAAUCCAGUGGAAAAGCCCUGGGAAAAGCGCCUUCGAUUCGAUUCGAUUCAAUUUGAUUCGAUUCGAUCCGAUUCGAAACUGGGCUAACUGGACGAUAAAGGCUGAGGCGAACAAAGGACCCUUCGAGGACUGUUGAAUUAGUUAGAGGCGAAGCAACAAAUACAAACAAACGGCCAUUCAACAACCUCCCGACGUCGCCAUAUCGAUUUUCCGUUACAUCGUUAUACACACACACUAACCCAGUUGGCACACAGCCAUUACGCAUACGCCCCAUAGCCACCCCAGAAAGCGAGAAGAGCGUGCGGCUCCAGCUGCUCCACUCCAUCCCACUCUGCGAAAAUAGAGAGAGGGAGAGCCUGGCGGACUGGCGGACAGGCUUUGUUGCAUCCCGCGACCACUGGAGGCAUGUUUCAUUUGGCACUCGCCAGCAGCGGACGGACAAACCAUUUAGGGCUACGGCAAUAGCCAUUGUAGAUAGCAUUCACCAGCAUCGGAAUCCGCGACCAGUCACGACAGUGACGCUUUCUGCCGCGGAAUAAGAAAUCCUUCACCCAAUCUCACAGUCGCCCCAACGAAAUCGUAAGCCACCAGCAGGUGUUCAGCAUGGCGGGAAUUCAGCUGCAAUCGGGAUGCACGAUGGUCGUGACGGUGGUGCUCCUGCUGCAGGUGCUUGUGAUGGACCAGGUGCUCGGCCAGGGUCCACCGCAGACUCAAGUGUGUCCGGAGCAGAGCGAGAUCGCGCCCUGCAUCUGCACGGUGAAGAAGAACGGGCUGGACAUCCUGUGCGAGACCACCGAUCUGGCGCACAUCACCAAGUCGAUGGGCACGCUGAAGGGCAAGAGUCCCAUCAUCUUCUACCUGAAGCUUCGCCACAACAAUCUGCCCAAGCUGCAGGGCUUCGUCUUCCUGGCCCUUGACAUCCGUCACCUGACCAUCCACAACAGCAGCCUGGCGGCCAUCGAGGAGAACGCCCUCAGCUCGCUGGGAGCGGGACUGACGCAGCUGGAUGUGUCCCUCAACCAAAUGAAGACGGUGCCCUCGCAGGCUCUGCAACAUCUGUUCCACCUGUUGAUCCUUAAUCUGAACCACAAUAAAAUCACCGUGAUCCACAACAAUGCCUUCGAGGGACUGGAGACCCUGGAGAUUCUGACGCUCUACGAGAACAAGAUUACACAGAUCGAUCCCGAGGCUUUCCGAGGACUUGAGGACCAUAUUAAGCGCCUGAAUUUGGGUGGCAACGAUCUUACCAAUAUCCCGCAGAAAGCUCUUUCCAUUUUGAGCACCUUAAAGAAACUGGAGAUUCAGGAGAACAAGAUACGAACUAUCAGCGAAGGCGAUUUCGAAGGCUUGCAGAGCCUGGACUCAUUGAUUUUGGCCCACAACAUGAUCACCACCGUGCCUGCCAAUGUGUUUAGUCACCUCACCCUGCUAAACUCCUUGGAGCUGGAGGGCAAUAAGAUCAGUGUGAUUGACAAGGAUGCCUUCAAGGGCCUAGAGGAGAACCUGCAAUAUCUGCGCCUGGGUGAUAACCAGAUCCACACUAUUCCCAGCGAGGCACUGCGUCCGCUGCACCGCCUUCGCCACUUGGACUUGCGCAACAACAAUAUCAAUGUUUUGGCUGAAGAUGCCUUCACUGGCUUUGGAGAUUCCCUGACUUUCCUCAACCUGCAGAAGAACGACAUCAAGGUUCUGCCCAGUCUUCUGUUUGAGAACCUCAACUCGCUGGAAACGCUGAACCUGCAGAACAACAAGUUGCAGCGCAUUCCGCAGGACAUAAUGGAGCCCGUCAUCGACACCCUUCGCAUCAUCGAUAUCACCGAUAACCCGCUGAACUGCUCCUGCGAGCUGACCUGGUUCCCCAAGCUGCUGGAGGACCUGAAGAACAAGGACGACGAAAUGUCGCAGAAGAAGAAGCCGCUGUGCCACAUGUCGCUGGACAACCGCGAGUACUUCGUGCAGGCCAUGCCCACCGAGAAGAUGCACUGCGCCGGCCUCAAUGUGAGUCCCUCGCCGACCAGCGGCGGUCUAAUGCGGAUCCUGCAAGUGAACAUCCUGGCCCAGAUUGCCGUGUGUAGCGUGGCCUUUUUAACUAGCGUCUAAGCAUCUAGCCGCUGUCCAGCUAGACGCGAUGUUCUAUGUGGAUUAUAGGGAAUCCGUGAAUUAUGCAACUCUGCCAGUAAUUAGACUCAGAAAGCACGCUUUUCGAACCAGCAGCAGGCCUCCCCCCAGCAAAGUUGCUGAGAUGACGCCCCUGGAGAGGCACCACCACCACUAUCCGGUCCACCCCCCACUGCACUCCGCUCCGGACGUGCACAGUAGCUCGACGAGAAGGGGAAUGCUGGGAUGAUAUUUACUUGUCCGCGGACAUAGCUUAGUUAUAAGGCUUGAUUUAGGCACCAGUGCACCUGCGGAGGCCAAAACCAAAACCAAAACAGAAAGCUAAACAGAAACCUAAACCCAAACCAAAAUCGAAACCCAAACAUAUCAGAAUAUUGUUACGUUUAAGCGAGAGAUUUUGUUGUUACUCGCGUUAAUCUGUACGAGUUUAUCUGUGCAGCCUAGGGCUCCGUUUGCCCAUCUAUUAUGUGUAGUCUAUCGUCGUCUUGUCGUCGGUGUUGUGAGAUACAAUCAUUACUAACGCGUUUCGUAGUCCCUCCGCCCGUUUCCAGACCUACCUUCAGCACCCAACCGAUACCCAGUCGAAAUUCGCAAGCUCCUCGAGUCCAUGUGUCGUGUUAACCAAUUCUCAGCAACCAUGGCCAAAUGUGGCUCCACUUUGGGUGCCAGAGGCGGGCGAAACAAAGCGAAGGCACAAGAGAAAGUAAGAAAAUUUCAUUUGCAUCAAUCACCAAGAACUGAUUAUGGAAUAAGUAGUUUGUACUCUUUAUUUGCCACAAACACGGGCAAACUCCCAAGAAAUCCCAAUUCCAUAACCCAUAACCCUUAAUCCAAAAAGGGGCAACCCACGAAGGUCGAGAAUGCAUAUCGUUAUAUUGUUAUAUUAUAUCGUGACAUAUCAAGAGCUCCCAGUAGUAAGACACUCGGAUGGCUCGACACAGCUAAUAUAGUGACAUUUUAUAGAAUUUACUUACAUUUUUGAGGCAUCUGACAAGUUUGAUAUAUUUAUGCAGAAGUGAAUUAAGCAAAUGCAGCGUGUAUGCAGAGUGGAAUUUUUGAAAUUUUUUAUACAUAUACUUUUAUACACACAUACAUACGUACCUUUUCGAUUAUGUCUACGCAAACUAAGUUGUAAUCCGAUUAGCUAUACUGACACUGACACUCCAAGUCCGCCCGAUCCCCUACCCGCCUCCACACCAACCACGCGGUGGCUUAGGUCAGUAGCCACCCACUGGUGGGCGGUGGUGCAGCGGGAGCGGGCUCGGGUCCGGAAAUAUUUUCAAGAGAAUGCGCCGCACCACCGAUUCGGGUCAGUUUCCUUUGGCUAGAGCUGUUCUUUUCAAAAUAUUGCAAAACACUGAACCCCAUCGAAAGCUGGGCUUACAUAAUGCUCUCCAUGUGAGCAAUCUGAAAAUCUAUCUAAUAAAGAAUCCAUGUUGGUUACAAAUGC